CUUCGAUAUCGUUUUUGGAUCUAUAUUCUGCAAACCUUGAUAACGAGUUUUUCUAGAUUUCUAAUUCAUGGAUGAAUCUCAUAGUUUAUUACUGAACGAGGAAGCGCUUAGGCAAUGUGCGGAUGCUAAAAAGCCAGUCUUUCUCUACGAAUGGCUACGGUACUUAGAUCGCAUUUUGCCAGUCACACAACGGUCUGAUCUGAAAUCCAUUCAACCGCAGUUAGUCCAACAACUAUUAUCAAGAUUAACUUCAGUAAAUGGCCCUCCUAUACGAUAUUUAUUAGCCAGAUGUUUGGCCAGAAUAUAUAUGAUCGGUGAUAGUUCAACUUUCGGAGACACUCUAAAUUUAUGCAACGAUACACUAAAAAUAAAAGAUGAUUCACCAAGUCAACUACCUGCAAAGCUGGCCGCCCUUGCAUGCAUUGCUGCAUUUUAUGAAACUAUGGGAAAAUGUGGAUCAAGUUUUGUCGACACUUUUCCAAUCAUGGUCAAAUGGCUCAAGGUUGCUGAGUCCCAAGGACGUGCUGAGAUUCUCAUAACACUGUCGAGCAUGGUCACUGGACUUGGCUCUGGCGCCGCGAACUUCCACAAGGACGUUUACAAAGCAGCAAAAGCUCACCUUGCCGAUCGAGUAAUGCCUGUUCGGACGGCAGCUAUACAGUGCGUCACUGCCCUAGUACCUGUUUAUCCGCCUUUGUAUUCAACAGAACUUGAAGCAGUUGUGACAUUGUGCACGAAAGCCUUGGAUGGCUCUAACUAUGAAACUAGACUAGCAGUUGCAAAACUUCUUGGCGUACUUCUAGCCACUGCGCUGCAACCCCCUCCGCCUCCAAUCGCAUAUGGCAAAGCUGCAGCAAAUGCGCGCAUGGCACCUAUUCGACCGAUUCCGUUGGAGGAUGCCCUGCACCUCCUAGCAGGUGGUUUCUUGCGUGGUGGCAUAGGAGGUUUUCUCAAAGGUGGCUCAAGUCACAGCACAGCCACUGUUGGUGGCCAAAAGGAUGUGCGAGCGGGCAUUGCUAUGGGGUACGUCGAACUUAUGCGUGAAAUGGGUGCCACCUGGUUAGAAAGAAACCUGGCUAUGGUGUGCCGCCAUUUGCUGGAACUAGCUGCGAAGUGUGGUAGCCUUGCUUACACCAGCUCUCCUGCUCAAGCAGCUGAAGCCAUCUUCCUCCGCAGAUGUGUUUCGUACAUUCUACGAGCGAGUGUAGGAACAAUGCUGAGCGAGCAAGCUCAAAUCACCGCUUGCAAAUACCUUGGUCAACUCUUGGCAGAUUAUAUCAACUCUUUCGACUACUCUGUUGAUCCCGGAGUUGAACGAGUUCUUGGAGCAGAAGCGUACUCUAGUGCUCAAGCAGCUGUAGUAGCCACUUUAGAAUUGUCUAAUUUGGUCCGGCAAAUUGGGACUGCCGUCACGCCCCUAUUCGUCGAAGCAUCUGGUAUUAUGGAGCCGGUGUUCGCAUGUCUUCUCCAUCCGAUUGUCUCCGCUCGUACGGCAACGGCAUGGUGUCUCAGAUGUAUCACAAUGGCUGUACCAAGUCAACUUACGCCAUUGAUUGAUAGAUGUAUAAGUAGGCUGGAACAUAUGAAAUCAUGCAGUGAUGCCAUUAGUGGAUACUCAUUAGCUCUAGCAGCAUUGAUAGCAGCUGCUUCCGACUGUAAGCUAGGAAUCCCGCAUGCAAAACCGAAACAGGUGCUCACAUGUGCUGAAGACAUGUUGAAAACAGCUACUCAGCAAAGCCGUCUGGCUGUGGCAAAGAUCAACGCUGGUUACAUAUUGCUGAACGCUGUAGUCUCAAUGGGAACUCCUGUCGUGAAGGAGAACAUGCCGAAGAUCAUGCAGUUGUGGCGUACGGCGUUUCCAAGAAGCACCAAGGAGGCUGAGGCGGAGAAAGGGCGAGGAGAUGCAUUUUCCUGGCAAUGUGCCUUAGAACAACGUGCCGGAGCAUUGGGAGUGAUGUUAGCCGUGGCAAAUCAGCGGGAGCUAGCUGAUGAUGACGCCAUAAAGGCUAUGCUUUUGCCUAUAGAAUGCGCAUUGGUGAUGAGCGCACAAGUGGGGACGUUGAUCAGAUCAUAUGGUACGAAAAUGAGGGCAUUGAUAAGUAGCGUACGAGUGCGAGUAUACCAGCUUCUUAUGCUACUUCCACCGAAGAGCUAUGAGCAUAUGUUCCCCUCACUUCUUCGUGAACUCGUUGCUGAGGUGACUCUAUCAGACGACCAGGGUUCGCAGCUGAUGACUUCAGUAGCAGGCACCCUGUGUUCUGGAGCUGAGUACACCUUGUUGGCUCCCUGGAGUGGCGGAGCUACCGAUCAAGCGCUGGUUGAAGAUCAGCUGCAAACGCUGUCGCACAUGGGCAGUGGAGCACUCGAAAAUGACUCGACUUGCUUGAUCAGUGGAUCUGCCAAGGAUGUACAUAACUUAUGGCCGGAACCAGACACGCCCCAAGCGGCAUGCUUAGAUGCGGCUAUCUUGGCUUAUGGAAGGGUGUUUCCAAUGAUCCCGGAUCGACAAAAGCUGCAAAUCACAGAACAUUUCGCUGAAGUGAUAAAGAACUGCAAACAUGCACAAAGGCAACAAGCGAUCCUACUAAAUGUGCUAUGUGCCCUUGCGUUGGCAUUUCGAGCAGUGACAGAAUCUCGCGGUGGUGCUCGUAUGGACAGUGAACCAGUAAGAAAAGCCAGCACUGCCCUUGUCGAAUCAGGCUUGGAGACAGGGGCCACACCAUUGAUAAGAGCUGCUGCUGCAGAGGCGCUGGGUAGACUGGCACAAGCUGUCGGAGAUCCCCAGUUUGUUGCCUUGCGAGCCCAAGCAUGCUUCGAUAAGCUGCGAGCGUUCCGGGAUGGUCGACGAGCUGGAUAUGCUUUGGCGCUGGGGUGCAUUCAUCGGCAUGUGGGCAGUUUGGGAAGCGGACAACAUCUACACACCGGUGUAUCGGUGCUGUUUGCUUUGGCAAGGGACCACAAUGCUCCUUCUGUGCAGGCGUGGGCAAUGGUGGCGCUGUCAUUGAUAGCUGAAACUGGUGGUGGCAUGUUCCGAGGAUAUGUGGAAUUAGCUCUGAGCGAUUGUCUCACUCUGCUGCUCAAUACCCAAUCAUCGAAUGUCGAGGUAGUGCAAGGAAUUGGGAAGCUAUUGACUGCAUUGAUGACAUGUGUUGGACCAGAAUUGGGCUCAUGCGGAACCAUAGAAGGUGUGAGAGCGUCGCUUCUAGCUGCUUGCGCCAUUCAACUUGCCCACCCUGAUCCAUUGAUCAAGGCAGAAGCCAUUGGAGGACUGCAGCAGAUGCAUCUGUAUGCUCCACGUUAUGUGAAUCUUGGACAUCUGGUAGUAGACAUAGCAACUUUCUUGACGAGCCAACACCUUUGCUUACGCAAGGCAUCAGUCUGCUGCCUAAGACAACUGGUCCAAAGAGAAGCUAGAGAGGUGCGAGAGCAUGCGCAAGUUCUAGUUCCUCAAGGUGUGGUCGAUGAGGGUAAGAAGCUACCGCUACCAGACACGGGACUUGAAGGGGCGUUGUUUGAUAUGUUGGAUAUCGAGACAGACCCAACAUUGAGAGCGCAUGUGCAGGAAACCAUAAUAUCACUGGUGCAAGCAACCAGUGGCGAAUUACUGAAUCAAUGGUUACUGCUGUGCAAAGAUAUUUUGGCUACGUCGAGUGAUAACACGAGAAGUACAAUGUUUGUCGGAGAAGAAAAAGCAGGAAAAGAGGGUGAAGAGGAUGAAGAGGGAGGCGACGAUGAUGAUGCUACACUCCAAGUUGGUGGUCCAAGAGCAGGUGUCCCGGACAAAGGCAAAGUGCAGCCGCGUUGGCCUACCAGAGUGUUCGCCACUCAGGUUGUACAAAGACUAAUGAGCGUUUGCGAUACGGAGAGAGCUCAUCUGGAUCUGUCGCUGGCGAAAGAGCUGCAAAUGUCAUCUGGAGGGCGAGUUGACUACCUUGUACUCCAUCUGUCGGAUUUAGUUAGAAUGUCUUUUAUGGGAGCCACCAGCGACAAUACGGAGUUGCGGCUGGCUGGAUUGAACUCCCUUCAGGAUGUAAUCACUCGUUUCUCCACAGUGCCAGAACCAGAGUUUCCAGGGCAUGUGAUUCUGGAGCAAUUCCAAGCACAGGUUGGUGCAGCACUUCGACCGGCAUUUACGGAAGACACACCUAGCCAUGUAACUGCAGCAGCUUGUCAAGUGUGUAGCACUUGGAUCGGCAGCGGUGUAGCGAGAGAUUUGAAUGACCUUCGUCGAGUGCACCAGCUAUUGGUUUCUUCUCUGGGCAAGCUGAAACACGGUUCCAUUAACAACCAGCUCUACAGCGAGAGUGCAGCUACACUGGAAAAGCUCUCCAUACUCAAAGCUUGGGCAGAGGUUUAUGUGACCGCUAUACAACAAGAAGAGCAUUUGCAAAACAAGAAAGAUGCUGCGGGAGAUGAUGAAGAUAUGAGCUACAUGAACUCAUCCGAGAGUCUCUUAUCGCUAGUCCGUCCUGAGCUUGACUCACUUGUUUGCUAUUGGUUGGCUGCACUUCGCGACUCCGCAUUGCUAUCGCUUCCGGCUCAAUUUGCUGACCAAAUGCCUUCGGGAGGAGGAGCAUUUUACAAGGCAGAGAGCGCUGAUGCUUGCCGAGAAUACUAUCGGUCCAGCUGGCCUCCGAUUCUGCUCGCGCUAGCCAUCUGGCUGAGCAAAUCUAAUUUCGAACUGCCCGAAAAUGCUGAGGCUCCUCAAACUUGGCCGGAUAAUCGGCGAGAAUCCAGAUUCCAUCUCAUGAUGGGAAUUGCUGUUGAAGCGUUAUGCAGCAGGACCACCUAUGCGGAUGAUCAUACCAUUCAAAGCUGUGUUCGAGCUAUCCAUGCAUUACUACAAUGUGAAUGGUGCCAGCUACAACUAAUGUCCGACAUACGAUUGGCAAUUGAGUUGUGCAAUGUUCUGCAUCGACUUAUCCUAACGCGGGACAAUCUAGCUACUCAACAUCUUUGUGUGGAUUGUGCACAUGCCAUCCUUGAUGCAGCUCAUUGUUCCAUGCGGGUUAUGGCCAGCGAAGACAUCGAAAAUGGUAAUUUGCCAAGUACCACGGACACGGAUGAGCGACCGAAGAAUUUGUAUCCGGGUGGAGAAGGCGAUGAGGGUAUAGGACAGGGUACCACGUUGACGUUUGCAAUGAUGGAGCUGUGCUUGUGCGUAAUGGUGCGGCAGAUGCCGCAAAUCAACUCAGCCCAGAUGAAGAGCAAAUCGUUAGCGCCGUUGCACAUGCGACGAUUUGGUAGACUACCUGUCGAAAGCGCCAACCUUAUCAGAAGCGGAAUACAGUUGCUUGUAAAUGUGCCAUCGCUCUGUUCAUCUAAGGGACGUCUCAUUAUCUUACCAAGUGUACUCUACCUCAUUAUCGGAUUCAUUCGUGAAUCAGCUCGAGUGGACGAGAAUAGCGUUGUUCCUGAUCUGCCACCCGGACAUUUGACAAGCGUUGCUACGACUGCAUUGCAGGCUCUGCGUAACUUAGCAUCCUCACCACCAUCUGAUGCUACGCUUUCUGCUUGGAUCGCCAUGAUGCAAAGCGCUCUAUAUUCCAUACUACUGCUUUGUGAUGGUGAAUAUCGCAAGGACGAAUGUGUACUGAUGCUCUCUUGCGUGGUGUUGACUUCUGUAGCUCCAAAACAAGUACUGCUUGGUCACCGGGAAAGUUUCCACAGACUGGUCCGAUUAAUCCGAUCACAACUACAAAGCGAGCAUCCACAGAUUGUUUCUAAAACCCUCCAGUCAUUGUCAUCCCUCUUCGCUCGUCGUGAUAUCAAUGGUCCGUUCAUUUCAUCUCUGGGAAGAGAUGUUUUCGAAAUUAUUCGACCAAUGGUGACCGGAGAUAAUGUUGAAACGAAGGUCAAAGAAAUAUCGGAAGAGCAACUGCCAGUAGUCCAAGACGCGCUAAGAGCCAUAGAAGUGUUAGUUACUGUAGCAGAUGAGAAGAGAAAACUACAGCUUGUUUCUUUGCUUACACAGUCUCUAUGUCGUUUGCUAUGUGCCACAACCGCCGACGAAUGGAGGUUAUUGAGCCAACCAGCCAGAAGACUUCAUGAAUUUGCUAUGCAACGGUUGAAUGCGGUCGCACCGACAUGGCCAGUAGAAUUUAAGCAGGUGCUGGCUUGCCAUCCCACUUUGAAGAAACGAUUGGAAAGUGCGCUCUUGUUCCAAUCCAAUCGACAAGUACAAGCUCAACAAGUAGCAAAGGCAAAGGCUGUUGCUGCGGAAUCGAAGACAAUGCAUCUUACACAGCAGCCAACGAUCAAAUUAACCAUGGAUUUCAACUCAUUUGGAAAGGCAGCUUCGUGAAAAGUGCGAAUAAUCUGACUGUAUAAAUUGUCUUAUUUACUAAGUUCUUUUAAUAUUCUCUUAAUAUUCGACACUUUAACGUAUGGGUAUGAAUUUGGAGAAUGGUGCAAUAGGCUCAAAGUGUGCAGUACUAUCAUUUCAUGUCUGAUUAGGCAAGGUAAUGAGUACUGCAUUCUUUGUGAUAAAAUAUAGCAUUUGUUUGUGGAUAUUUAAUAAAUUGCAGCUAAUGUAUAUAUGAACCUUUGCUUGUCGAGAUGUGAUUUUUUAGUGAAUUUAGGCAGUUUUGCGUAAAUUGAUUAUUCUAUGCAUUCUACUGAUAUUUUUAAGUUGUUUUACAAUGUAGUAGAUUCUAUAGGGGUUGUAGAUGGCAGCAAGAUAUUGUUGAUGCUCAAAUGUUCUAUGCAAUAUGUGAUAAAUGUAUAAAGUGUGAU